AGGAUCUUUUCCGCCACAGUGUUUUGCCCCGGCUCCAGCGUGCGGUCUCCAACGACGUCUCCGCCUCCUGUUCCCAACUCCAUCCCCUGACGGAGGACAAGAGGACGGAAGACGCAGAGCUCUCUCAGGAGAGCAAACAAAGGUAGGUCCACCGAUGGGCGCUGACCUAGAGUCAAUUUCAAUUGUUCUUCUUUGGACUCCCCAGUUUCUUCUGUGUUUCUUAUGAUUAACAAGAGGAUCGCGAAAGCGUACCCAACAUGAGACUUUGUGACAAAGGCAACGGCGUCUGAUGCUCCCUUUUUUGGUCAAAGGGACCUUUGUGCGUUGACCUCAUAGGUUAAUCAGUGGCUGAACAGGACUGUCUCGUCACAUCCCGGAACCAAAAGUGUUGUUUCCUUGUGCCUUUCCUUGUACACAGAGAUUUAGAUUUUGAUUUAGGGCGUUUAGCAGACGCUUUUAUCCAAAGUGACUUACAUUAAGAUUACAAGUUUAUAGAUAGCCUUUCCUGUAAUUGUAAACUUCAAAACUGUGUGACCAUUUCAUUUAGAUAAACCAUUCCUGAAUAAGCACAACUAGUGUAGGCUACCUUCUUUUAUUGUAAUUAUUAUUUCAUGUUUCAUUGCCAUGUUACCAGACAAAAAUACCUGAAGGAAAUCAACCCUGACUGCCAAAAAGUCACAUGAGCAACACAUUGACCUAGAAGAUGAAAUAUGGCUACAGGCAGUGCAUUUCAGGUUUCAAAAAGAAAGCGAAUGAAUGAAUUAAGCUGUAUUAUUAGAGUACGGAUCAGUUUGAAACGUAAUACAACGUAACACAAAGAUACCACUAAGGUAUGAAGCCGUCGUACUUGAAGUGGUAAUCUGUCAUCACUUGGAGCAUUUUGGAAGUAGUGUGUGUGGACUCUGACAAGUUUGGGCACAUCUCUGCUCGUCUUUUGCAAAGCUGUGGGACACGUUAUUGGUUUAAGGGCCUCCACUCAAUCGGUCAUUUUCAACGGGGUCCAUUUGUUGGAUGAACAGUUAAACAUGACAUUGGUAUACAGUUUCCUUUUGUCGUGUGAGUAGAACCCAAAUCCGUAAAUCCAAACUUCUAAAGUUGAGGGGAAAGCUCAAUAAUUACAAAGCGCAUUCACGAGAUUUCCUGUCGUAAACAAAGCUCGCGGCUGUCGUUGAUUUGAUAUCCCUCGAGACCCUCCCUCUCCUACCAGGUGAGCUCCCCUUCCCCCCCUGUCGGAGCCUCGCGGGAUCUCAGGAAUGCUGCUCGCGCUGCUACAGAUGUUUCAGCGCUCGAGCCUGUCCGCUUCCAGCCUGCUAGCGGGAGAACAACUUGAGAAACUUGUGGUGACUCGUCCCGAACGGAGCUGCGCCACCCGAAAAAAGGGCAGUUCGCUAGUAGGAUGCGGAGCAGAGGGGGGUUUUAAAUCACAUUUGUGUUCGCUUUUGUGGAAAAUAACCCAUACGCUCUCCGCCAUGCCCGGCGAAUCAAGCGGAUUUUGAGGCGGACAGGAGACAGUAAGAGGAGGAGUGUCAGUGCAUACUUCAGUCAGCUGAAGCUGUUUGGCGGUCGUAGAGAGAUGGACGCCCUGAAGAAGGAGCUGGAGGAGGAGCUCAAGACGAGCACAGAGGACCUGAGGAGCCACGCCUGGUACCAUGGACCCGUGAGCAGAGAGGGGGCUGAGGCGCUGCUGGAGAGGGACGGAGACUUCCUUGUGCGGGACUCCAGCUCGGGCCCCGGGGACUACGUCCUCAGCUGCUACUGGAGAGAUGAAGCCAUGCACUUUAAGAUCAUACGAGUGGUCUUACGGCCCAAGAAGGGCUACUCCCGGGAGCUCUUCCAGUUUGAGGAGGACCGCUUCGACAACGUCCCUGCUCUGAUACUCUUCUACGUGGGCGGGCGCCGGCCCAUCUCCCAGGCCUCGGGCGCCAUCGUCUUUCACCCAAUCACACGGACCCUCCCUAUCCGUGUCAUCAGCGAGCGCCAGGCAGAGCGGGCAGACGGCGGCAGCGGCCACAUUAUGGCCGGAGGAGGAGGUGGUGUGGCGAGAGCGCGGACGCCACUGGAUCGCUGCAAGAGGCGGAGCUUAAGCUACGCAGCCGCUGACAUGCUUCACCUCAACAACCCGCUGCUCAGAAGUGGGAGUCAGCCGGCGAACCUGCAGAACCUGGGACGGAGGCCUUCAAUGCAAUCUGCCCAAUCUGACAGCAACCUGAGAAAUGGCGUUCCUCAAAACGGUAAAUCAGAGAAAGAAGGCCCCGCCCCCAUCUCCCCAGUGUUCCGUACCGGUAGCGAACCCAUGCUGAGCCCGAACACGCAAAGGCCACGCCCCUCUCUACCAGGUGGAGGAGUGACCCUACGGGGGUCAGACGGGCAGCUUCACCCCCGUGCUCCUCCUAAACCCCUCAGGGUGUCAGUGGUGUUCCCCAAUGCUGUGCUCCCUUCCUCCUACGUCGCCCACGAUGACCCCUCGUCCUUCUACGACGAACUCGUGGUUCAGGUGCCACCGCCCAAAAACAAGAAGGGCCACGUGGACCGCCUGCGGGCCGAGGAGAAGUGGCAGAGCCGGGCCCGUCUGACGGAGACCUCCUUCAGCAUCCUGGAGCCCCAGGACGAGGGCGCCGCGUCCCACUCGCACCAGAACCACGGGACGGACGGAGUGGAGGACUGGCAUUUUGAGCGUCCAAAUGUGGAUCCCGGCUCAUGUUUCCAGUUGGACCGGUUUGAGUCUACGCUGUUGCCUGAGAACAACCGCCCCCUGGAGCCCAGCGUGCUGCUGGCGCUCAAGGAGCUCUUCGUACGCGCCGACGCCAGAACCACCUCUCUGCACAUGCUCAGUGUGGACUGUCAGGUCGCGCGCAUCGCCGGGGUGUCCGAAGAGCAGCAGAGGAGGAUGGGCGUCGAUUCGGGGCUGGAGCUCGUCACCCUGCCCCAUGGACACCAGCUGAGACAGGACCUCUUGGAACGGCACCACCUGAUCGCGCUGGGCGUAGCGGUGGACGUCCUGGGCUGCACGGGGUCCGUGGGCCAGAGAGCAGCUGUCCUGCACAAAGUCAUCUCGCUGGCCCAGGCCCUGAAGGAGCACGCGCACAAUCUGUACUCCUUCUCGGCGGUCAUGAAGGCCCUGGAGAUGCCCCAGGUGGUGAGGCUCGAGAUGACAUGGCGCGCACUGAGGCGGAGCUUCACGGAGAGCGCCGUGUUGUUUGAGAAGAAACUCAAGCCCUUCAUGAGGUCCCUGAGCGAGGGGGAUGACACGGUGGUGCAGGGUCCGGUCGCGGUGCCCCACCUGGUGCCCCUGCUGAUGGCCAUGGAGGGCCAGGACCCGGGGGAGGACAGUGAACGCGGCUGCCAACUCCUCUACGACAUGCUGCAAGCGGCCCGCAACGCGGCGCUCAACGCUCCGGUCUACCAGCGACACGCCCACUCCCUGCUCACAGCAGGGGACUGGGAGGCGGUGCCAGAGUUACUGGAGGCCUUCCGGACCGAGUUCGCCCUGCGGCUCUUCUGGGGGCAGGCGGGAGCGGAGGCCGAGAGGCAGGAGCGCUACGACAAGUUUGACACGAUCCUGGGCGUGCUCUCGGACAAGCUGGAGCCAGAGGAGAUGACCCCCGUGCAGCACCAUUGACCACGCCACCCAUGGCCGCGCAAAGACUGACGUGCGAUACGCACUUUUGCUCAGGGGUUUGCGGCGUCGUUCCAGCUGACCUUUGCCCUUUUGUGUUUUUAAGGCCAACACAGGGAGCCGACCUUUGAACUCUUUUUAUCAUUAUCGUUUGGUGUGAACGCACCAAACUUGCACAGCGACAGUUUAUGAUUUGUCGCGCGACCAAACUUGGGCGACAAAUGUGUCUUUUGGUGCGAACGCAGCUUUAGGUGGAGGCCGUGUUGGGGAGAUGUUUUUGUUUACUUUUUGUAACCGGUUGAGCGAGUGCAAUCGACCUUUUCCUGCUGUAAUGUAUAUUGUACACACCACAAGCACAAUUAAUGUGGUGUGGUUGUAUGGAGAUCCCAAAGGAAUGUUUAUUAGGAGGUAGACCACAUUUCAAGUGACUUGUUUUCUGGAUGGACCUCUUCUGACUGCUGGUUUAGAGGCUUUAUGUUUAGAGUUUUUAAUCUUUAUCAAUAAGCAUGUUAUAGUCAGCUUCUGCUUUAACCCCCCCCCCCUCUCCCUCCUCCCAAUAAACUGAGUUUAGAGAGCCCUCCUGACUAAAAAGAUAUACACUGGAAUUUUAUAUUUUCCCCAAAUUGUUUAUAAAUGCAAUAAAACUUUCUACCAGGUUUUUUAUGACACUCUGUACCAUCUUUUUGCAUGAAUAAGUCAUAGCAUCGAAUUUAAAUGAAAACAAAGAAUUGUUAUAUAUUUUUUCGCUUAAGAUUUAAUGAUACACUGUAUGCACAGUAAAUACAUGUCUUAUUCAUAUGUAUAAGUGAAUAAUAAACUCAAAAUAAUGAGAAGUCCACUAUUCCAGUAAUAGGAAAACAAGAGAAAAGAUAACAUGUAAACAUUAAGUGAUUUGUCACAAGUGAGGUUCAUAAAUACUCCUAUAAAGUCAAUAGGUGCUAUGGUAUAAGGAACGGCCUUUUUCUACAAUAAAGAUGAAGUUGUAAUUA